GAGAAGAUAAGAGAUAUAUUUUUGUUAACCUCGUAUAAAUAUUUUAUUAUUGUGAAAAGAAAAAUAAUGCAAACAUGUCUAUGCGACCUGAUGAUCACCGAAGGAAAUGGAAUCGAGAAGAAUAUGAAAGGAUUGCACUUCAAAGACUUCAAGAUGAGAUUGCAGAGGAAGAAUUAGGAAUUCCCAAGCAGCCAGCAGUUAAAAGAGAAUUGCUGAAGCAAAGAGAUUACAAGGUUGAUCUCGAAUCUAAACUAGGAAAAAGUGUUGUUAUCAAUAAAAAUACACCAUCAUCACAAACUGGAGGAUACUACUGCAAUGUUUGCGACUGUGUUGUCAAAGAUUCAAUCAAUUUCUUGGACCAUAUCAAUGGGACAAAACAUCAACGUAAUCUUGGUAUGUCCAUGAAGAUAGAGCGAUCUACAUUGGAUCAAGUUAAAGCAAGAUUUGCAGAAAACAAAAAGAAACUCGAAGAAAAAAAGAAAGAUUAUGAUUUGGAACAAAGAGUAAAGGAACUGAAGGAAGAGGAAGAAAAAAUCAAAGAGUAUAGAAAGGAAAAGCGAAAGGAUAAGAAGAGGAAAAUUGAGGAAUUAUCCGAGGAUGAUGCAGGACCUUCUGAUGAAAUGGCUGCAAUUAUGGGAUUCUCUGGCUUUGGCUCGAAAAAAAAGUGACAAAUUGCAGUUGUCGAACGUUCGUGAACAGUUACUUGGAGAAGAAAAUAUUCGAAGAAGAAGAUCGCGACCGAAUCAUAUAGAUAUAUGCUGUGAAGACAAGUGAACACAAAUAGGUGACAAAUAGUUUUAAUUUUAAAUAUAAUUGGAAUUUAAGGAGACGAUUUAUGAAUGCACGUUUGCAAUGAUUUUUUAUUUUUCCAUCAUUGUUACAAGAAUUUCGUAUUUAUUUAAGAUGAGUAAGAAAACUAUCAAAUUACAAGUCUGACUAACUUCACUGAACGUG